GGCGGUAGAGAAGAGAUGAGCGCUAUAUACGGUGGAGUGGAGGGUGGCGGAACACACUCCAAAGCAGUUUUGCUUUCUGCUGAUGGACACAUCCUUGCUGAGACAGAUGGACCAUGUACUAACCACUGGUUGGUUGGCGUUGAUAACUGUAUCAAUGGUAUCCAUGAUAUGGUCCAGAGGGCUAAAGUUGAGGCAGGACUGGACCUGGACACACCAGUUUUUUCAUUGGGCAUGUCUUUGAGUGGUGGAGAGCAGAAGGCUGCUAUUCAGAAGUUGAUUGAUGAUAUGAAGGAGAGAUAUCCCAAACUGAGCCAAAGUUAUUUUAUUACCACUGAUGCCAUUGGUGCUGUGGCAACUGCCAGUGAUCAUGGAGGUAUAGUGGUGAUAUCAGGCACUGGUUCGAACUGUAAACUGGUGAAUCCGGAUGGCACACAGGUUGGCUGCGGGGGUUGGGGUCACAUGAUGGGAGAUGAGGGUUCAGCAUAUUGGAUCUCUCACUUAGCUGUUAAAACCGUUUUUGAUGCCAGAGAUAACCUCAUCACACCCCCUUGUGAUGUCACCUAUGUCAAAAAAGCAAUGGAAGAAUAUUUCCAGGUGUCUGAUUUGAUGGGGAUGCUUCCUCAUUUGUACAGAAACUUUCAGAAAUCUCACUUCGCCGGGUUCUGUAGGAAAUUGGCUGAAGGUGCCAGUGGUGGUGAUGCGCUGUGCCAACAUGUGUUUACUGAGGCUGGAAGAGCCCUUGCACAGCACAUUGUAGCUGUCUUGCCCAAAGUACACCAGGAUCUUUUUUCUGGUGAGCUUGGAUUGCCUAUUCUGUGUGUUGGUUCUGUAUGGCGCAGCUGGGAGCUGAUGAUGUCUGGUUUCACUCAGGUCAUCUCACAGGCUCAAGCUAAUGGUUACAGCCACUUCCGUAAGUACAGCCUGUACACACUACUCCAGUCCUCUGCUGUGGGUGGCGCUAAACUGGGGGCACUGAAUGCAGGUGUCACUCUCCCUCUGGACUACUCUGCCAAUGCCAAUGUGUUUUUCAGCCAUAGUUUCAGCAAUCAAUGACUGGGGUGAAACCAGUCUAAGAUCAGAUUUGCCACUACAAUCUUUUGUUGAUAAUGGGACCAAAGUGGGAAUAUCCUGUUUUUAAGCUGAUAGGGACGUUCUUUUACAAACUGUCCACUUGGGUGUGCUGUUUCUCAAAUUGCACAUCAAAUCUUAUUAAUCAAAAAGCAUGUAAACAAAGCAUUAAAAGCAAUUAUAUGAAAUUAAAUGUAUUAAAAAGGAAUUUCAACACUUUUAAAGCAUGGCAAUCAUGAAAUUUUUGAUAUUAUCAUGGAAUGGUUUUGUAUCUUAGCAUAUCACAAGUUUUGAUAAAUAUAAUUUUUAAAAUUAUUCAAAUAUGUUCUUAUUUGGUUUAACACUGAAAUGUCAUAGUUUCUGUGUGGACAGGCCUCAGUCUUUUGGUUGAAGUAAAAACAGACUACAUUCAUAAAUAUAAAUAUUAGCUCAACCAAAAUUAUUCAGUGGAGAGAUUUUCCCAUUCGUCGUCUUUUCCUCUGUAAAAAGGAAAUGUUAGACAGACUGAGGCUAACAUUCUGCCUAACAUCUCCUUUUGUGUUCCAUGUAAGAAAGAAAGUCAUAUGGAUUUGGAACAACAUGAGAGUAAAUCAUGACAGAAUAUUAAAUUUUUUUGUGAAUGAUCCCUUUAACCCUCCUAUUGUGUUCAGGUCAUUUUUGACCCAGGAGAGGUAGAUGAUACCACGUAAUUUUUAGUACGGGAACCAAACUUUGUGACUGUCAAGAUACACAUAAAUACACAUUUUCUUUUUUUUUUCCUGAUUUGUUUUUACAUCUUUUGCUUUCACAGGUCAAUUGUGACCCAGGCAUCAUUUGUGGCUUUACAUGUGAUAUUAUGUAGAUUUUUGUGUACAUCUAUGAUUUGGAUUUUUUCCUUAUAAACACUUCAUUUACCCUCUUCCCCAUACUCUUUCACUGGGACUGCAUCUUGUUUACAAAUAUGCACACACAUUGCUGUACAAAACAGACAUGACGGAUGUAACAAACAUAACAAAUAAACUAAACCUAAGGUAAUACUGUCUAAAGGGGGUGUGGCAAGAUUUCAUGCACACAUGCAUCUAAAUAGGGCUUGAAAGAGGAAACCAAGUUGUUUUGAGCAGUUAUAGGAAUAUUAAUAGUAAAUCCAUUCAAAUUACUUAGAUGUUAUAUAAAUUGUAUAUUAUAUUAUAUUUAGCUACAAUUUCACAGAAAUGUUAUAAAAAAUAUAUAUUUUGAAAUGUGUUGAAAAAUGUUUUAAAUGGCAUAUAAAUGAAUAACUUUUAUAUUUGUCAGUUAACAUGCCAAAAAAUAUCAAUCUUUUUAAAUGUAUGAACGGUUGAUAACUUAUUCAUGACUUACAAUAUGGUUUUAGAUGAAAACCAUCCGGUUAUGAAUGAUUUAUAAGCUUGAAUUCCACCGGGUCAAAAUUGACCCGCGAAUGCGAAAAGGUGUAUGCAAAUUUUGAACGCAAUAGGAGGGUUAAGCUAAUAUCUGGAGUCCACAAUCAUUCAUGAUUUAAUGCUUUCAGGCUGUUUGUUUAACCACAUAUCUGCAAGAAUAAGUCCUUCACUGUCUUUUUCUGUAAACAAGAAGCUUGGCCCUUGGCAAAUCACUGACUGCAGCUGUAUGCUGCCUUGAGAGUGUUGAAACAAAACAGCAUGUUUACAUCCAGCAGUCCUCUAGUUUCUUAGAUUAGCACUGUUAGUAAAGUUUAUUGGUUGUGACACAAAAUAGCUUGUACCUAUAAAUCUUCAAUCUUUGCUAUUGUGAAUUUCAAACCUAUAAGCCUGUUGACAGAUGAAAUGAAACCAUGUUUGUAAAGUGUAACCUUUUCUGCAUGCUAGCAUUCACUGUACUAGUUCUAACUAGUACUAGCUAUUUAGGUUAUCUCUACUUUUAAGUAUUUAAGUUGAGGUAUUUUAUUUCCAAAUAUUUAAGACAAGCUGGACAUUUUAAGAUCACACAUUGAACUAAUAGUAAUUAAUGUUGGUGAAGAAGAUCCAUGAUUCAUGCUUCAGUUACUAUUCAGUUUUUCUUUUCAUUCAUUUAGUGCCUGUAAAAUAAAGAUGGGCAAGUGCCGCAGGGUAGAACAGAACUCUGUGAUUAUUAUGAAUGAAUUCAUUAGAAGAUAAACAAACUCAAAAGAUACUGAUUGGAUAGGGAGCAGCAUUUGAGCUAUUGUGUACUUGUGUAACCUUUUGACAUGCAGUAUUUACUGAGAAUUAGGUCUUAUAAUGAGACUGUGUUAUGAUGUACAGCAAUUUCCCUUGAUAAGAUGACAUGUUGAUCCAUUUUCAGACAUUUCAAGUUCAGCCAGUUAAAAGAACAAGCAGCAGUUUAGUGUACAGGUGCAUGAAUCUUUGUUACAAACAGAAAAGAUCUUUUGAUACUAGUUUUAUCUCAUAUUUGAUACAAAUAUGAAGAUCUCAAAUUUCUGAUAAAGAAAAUCCCAGUACACUGUGGUAUGCCUACUAUUUUUCUGUCAGAGAAAUGAGGCACGCAGAGAAAGUUCAGCAACUUCUCUGAUAAUAGAGAUUAUUUUUAGAGAAUUGUGACAUGGCAAGAGGUAUUGUGUUUGUAUUGAGUAUUGUAUCUUUGGCAAUUGUUUAUAGAAUAAGAUAUUAGAUAUGGAUUAGUCUAAUCUAAUAAUCCAGUAUGUUGAGGAAUUCCCUGCUUGGGCUGCGUGAGAUGAGUGCACUGAGCAAUGAAAAUAAAUUAACUGCUUGAAAACGGGUUAAUUCACUCAGACUAUUUAUACAUGAGAUUAAUCACUAUAAACACAACAUACACUGACGAGCCAAAACAUUAUGACCACCUGCCUAAUAUGCUGAUGCUACAAGACCCCUGAAGGUGUCCUGUGGUAUCUAGCACCAAGACAUUAGCAGCAGAUCCUUCAAGUCUGUAAAUUGAGAGGUUGAGCUGCCGUGGAUGGGACUUUUUGGUCCAGCACAUCCCACAGAUGCCCAAUCGGAUUGAGAUGUGAGGAAUUUGGAGGUCAGGACAACACCUUGAACUCUUCAACAUCUUCCUCAAACCAUAUCUGAACAAUGUGCAGUGUGGCAGGGCGCAUUAUCCUGCUGAAAGAGGCCACUGCCAUCAGGGAAUACCAUUGCCAAGAAGGGCUGUAUCAACGAUGUUUAGGUAGGUUCAAAUUGACAUCCACAUGAAUGGCCGGACCCAGGGUUUUCCAGCAGAACAUUACACUCCCUCCACCGGCUUCUCAUCUUCUCACAGUGCAUCCUGGUGCCAUCACUUCCCCAGGGAAAUGGCACACACGUACACAGCCAUCUUUGUGAUGUAAAAGAAAAUAGUACUCAUCUGACCAGGCGACCUUCUUCGACUGCUGCCCCAAGGUCCAGUUCCAACACUCGCAUGCCCAUCAUAGCCGCAUUCGGCGGUGGACAGGGGUCAUCAUGGGCACUGACUGGUCUGCGGCUAUGCAGCCCCAUAUGCAGAAUGGUUUGUUACACUGUGUUGUGACAUUCCUCCAGUAACCAUCAUUCAAAUUUUCUGUGACUUGUGCCACAGUAGACCUUCUGUCAGUUCAGACCAAAUGGGAUAUCCUUCAUUGCCCUCGCAUAUCAAUGAGGCUUGGGCGCCCAACACCCUGUCGCCGGUUUGUGGUUUGUUCCUCCUCGGACCCCUGUCGGUAGGUACUCACCACUGCUGACUGGGAGCACCCCAAAAGCCUUGCCAUUUCAGAGAUGCUCUGAUCCAAUCGUCUGGCGAUAACAAUUUAGUCCUCGUCAAAGUCACUCAGGUCUUUACUCCUGUCCAUUUCUCCUGCAUUCAACACGUUGACUACGAGAACUGAUUGUUUGCUUGCCAUCGAAUCUACACAGACCUUGCCAUGUGGCCUUUUUUAGGAGAUGAUCAACAUUAUUCACUUCACCUGUGAGUGGUCAGUGUUUUGGCUCAUUAGUGUACAGUAUAUGCAAUUUACAACUUGCAUUUGCACAGACAAUGAAGCGAAUGAACCGGUGAACUUUGAACUAAAUUACGCUCUAGUCAUAAUAUGCGUAACUCGCAUUGUGAAUAUGCGGUUUCCAUUAAAAAAAAAAAAAACACUCAACGCAAUGCAAUAUCCUAAACUGGCAAAACACAGAAAAUGUAUAAAUCUCUUUAAGUAUGAAUAAUUCAGAAUACAGUAGGCUAACUUAUAAAGUGUAGCUAAUACUUCCGUGUAUUCAUUUUAUGCUAUUAUUUUAGUGGCUCUGGUUUUCACAAGGAGAGAUG